AUGGCGGAGCAGCUGAUGACGCCCCGGAAAGACUUGAACCCAGUCCCGGACCGUGAAGGCGCGGGGGAACUGACUCCCUACCAGAGACUGAGCCAACGGAUGCAGGAUGUGACUGGAGACAGGGGGGUAUUAAAGGAGGUCAUCCGAGAGGGAUCCGGAGACUUGGUGACUCCCGAUGCUUCUGUCUUAGUGAAAUACUCUGGAUACCUGGAGCACAUGGACAAGCCCUUCGAUAGCAACUGCUACAGGAAGAUUCCCCGACUGAUGAAGCUUGGAGAAGAGAUAACCCUGUGGGGAAUGGAAGUGGGCCUGUUAACCAUGCGGAAAGGAGAGCUGGCCCGAUUUCUCUUCAAGCCUCGUUAUGCCUAUGGGGCCCUGGGCUGUCCACCCUUGAUCCCACCCAACACCACAGUCUUAUUUGAGCUGGAGCUACUGGACUUCCUGGACUCUGCCGAGUCAGAUGAAUUCUUUGCCUUAACUGCAAAGCAGCAGGAUGUGUUCCCACUCGAGAAGGUGCUAAAGGUGGCAGCCACAGAACGAGAAUUUGGCAACUACCUCUUUCGCCAGAACCGCUUCCAUGAUGCCAAGGAGAGGUAUAAAAGGGCCUCCUUGAUUCUUUGCCGCAGGCCUUUUCACCCUGGGGAACAGGGUCAAAUAGAGAGUGCCAAGCUGCUGGUCUUCCUUAACCUGUCCUUCACUUACCUCAAGUUGGACCGACCCACCCGGGCCCUGGUAUAUGGCGAGCAGGCUUUGACCAUCGAUCAGAAAAAUGCUAAGGCACUCUUCCGCUGUGGGCAGGCUUGUCUUAUCAUGACUGAGUAUGAGAAAGCCCGGGAUUUCCUUGUCCGAGCCCAGAGAGAACAGCCUUUGAACCAUGACAUCAACAAUGAGCUAAAGAAGCUAGCCAGCUGUUACAGACACUACAUGGAUAAAGAGAAGGAGAUGUGCUACCGAAUUUUCUCCUCUCCAUUCCUCUGCUGUGGAACAGAACUAAAGGAGUCUGAGCAGCACCGUUCUCUUGCUCUGGUUUGUCCCAGGACCCAAAGCUUUUCACCUUCUUGCAUGGAGACCGUGGCCUGGAUUCACUGGGCUCUUCUCAGUGGGAGACAUUCACCUCUUCACUUCUGGGUGGUUUGGGAAGUUUCUCAGUGGGCUUUUCUGCUUGUAUCCCUGCACAUGGGCACCCAGGAAGUCUUUAAUAAAUGCUGUUCUUUCCCAUUGGUGUCAGAGGCCCCAGAGAAUUCAGGCCUGUACAGUUCCCACCAUUCAAAUUACCCCAAGUGCCCGGAAUAAUAAUGCCCUUGCUCACUCAACUGUUACUUAAUCCAUGGAAAAAGCCCACCUGCCUCUAACACCUGCUCGGCCACACAGAUAAGUCUGUUCUGA